AUGUGCUCAUCACAGGAAAAUGUCACCUCCACGGAGAACUACAGCGAUUUUUUUGAUUCUAGUAUAGAUUAUGAUCAAUACACACAACCGUGUGUAAAAGAGCCCAAUCGCCAGUUUCGCUCCUGGUUCAUUCCUAUGUUUUAUUCCAUCAUCUGCUUCCUGGGACUGGCAGGGAACCUUCUGGUUAUCAUAACGUUUUUCAGCUUCAAGCGUCUGAUGACCAUGACCGAUAUCUACUUGCUCAACCUGUCAUUUGCUGACCUGCUCUUUGCUCUGUCACUCCCCUUUUGGGCAGCCAACUCCAUGAAAGAAUGGUUGCUGGGGCUGUUUAUGUGCAAGGCCAUGCACACCAUCUACAAGGUUAGCUUCUAUAGCAGCAUGCUCCUCCUCUCCUGCAUCAGCGUGGACCGGUAUUUCUCCAUCACCAAGGCCAUCUCAACUCAUCGCUACCGCUCCAAAACAGUAUGGUACAGCAAGGUCUCAUCAGUCAUGAUUUGGCUCAUAGCACUGCUGUUCUCUGUACCAGAGAUGAUAUACUCCACCGUCAAAAACAACACUUGUACGCCGUACUCCAACAGCUCUGAUCCGAGGCGGAUCAGCAUCCAGACAAGCCAGAUCGUCUUGGGUUUCGCUGUGCCACUGGUGAUCAUGGGCUUCUGUUACAGUGCCAUUGUGGAGACCCUGUGCCUGUCCCGCAGCUUUGAGCGGAACAAGGCUAUUAGAGUCAUCCUUGUUGUGGUGGCUGCCUUCUUAUUAUUCCAAGUGCCUUACAAUGUUGUCCUGUUUUUGACCACGCUGGACACAGCCAGCGGUAACAGCACCAACUGCGCCUAUGACAGAACCCUCAUCUACGCCUCUGACAUCACUCAGUGUUUGGCCUUCCUGAGGUGCUGCCUAAACCCAUUUGUGUACGCUUUUAUUGGGGUGAAGUUUCGCAAUGACUUGCUCAAGCUACUUGAUGACUUUGGCUGCAUGAGCCAGGAGAGGUUCUUCUUGUACACUUUUGGCCGAAGGAGCUCUGCAGCCACUGAUACCGACACCACCACCACGUUUUCUCCGUAAGAACUACCAGUGAGACCUCUCUACCUAGUGUUUCCCAGUGGAUAAUACCUUAUUCCCGACUCUCAACCACAAAAAGGAGUGUGGAACAUUAUGGUAAGUCAACAACCCACAGAAAAUGUCAGUCAGUGGCACAAACUUAUAUACUUAAAUACAAUAAAUACAAUUCUCCAGCAUCUGACAUGUACAUACAGUAAUGGAAAUAAUGAUGUGGCGUGAAUCCUCCCAUUCAGAAAUAUCAACAAUAUUAAGCUGUCCUUGGGUGUUGGUGCUAGCUGAGGAAA